AUGACCAUACCGCAUGACAAGGAGGUGGUAUUAAUUGCAUGUGGAGGUCCUUCUUCCAGUGGUAAAACCACAGUUUCAAAAGCCCUUCAGUAUUUGAUUGGUGACUCUGUGUUGAUUCAUCUUGACGAUUUUUAUUUUCAUGAUGCAGAUAUUCCUAUUGAUCCCAAGACUGGAUUGCAAAAUUGGGAUUGUCCGGAAGCACUCGAUUUUGCCAGAUUUGUCAAAUGUUUACACGAUAUAAAGCAAAAGCAUAUUUUGCCAAAGAUACAUUCUUUAGAACCAGAUGCAGAUUUAAAGUUGUCGAAGUUAGAAGAGAGAAUCUUUCAAAAGAUGAUAACUUCGUCUCUGCAGAAAUUUGCGGGUAAAAAAGUGGUCAUUGUAGAUGGAUUUAUGCUUUUCCAUGAUCCUGAAAUUUUCAACUUGUUUGAUAUUAAACUAUUCUUUCAUGCUCCGUAUGAAACUUUGAAACAGAGAAGAGAAUCAAGGUCAUAUCAGACUUUGGAUAGUGUCUGGGUAGACCCCCCUCGAUAUUUCGACGAUAUUGUAUGGCCAGCAUACAAGGAUAGCCACAAGUACUUGUUUGAACAAAGUGAUAUCAGUUUAUCUUUAAAGCAGGACGUGACUGAAAAGUACAAUAUCUUUGAUAUUAACAAUGAUGACGAAACACGAUUAUUCACAUUGAUUGAAUGGGCAUUGAAUUCAAUCUUAUCCAGUUUAUAG